AGCAUUCAGCAGUGAGGCUGAGAAGAGGAGGAGGAGAGCUUACAAGGAACAAGAGAACGAGAAACGGAAGAUACAGAAGGCUUGUAUGUACAAGCACAAGCAAAGAAAAGAAAUACAGCUACUGUUCUCUUUUAACAACCUGCAUGUGCACUGAUAGAAGGCAGUGUAAGUGGAAGAUUGUAAUGACAAGGUUGAAUUUCUGACUGUACCGUUGCAGCCCCUCCGGCAGGCAGCCCAUUCACAAACAGCGGACCGCUUUGCGCGCGUUGACAGGGGAGAAGAUGAGGAGAUUCUGAGUGACACUCUUCCUGCGUGGAAUUUUCAUCUUGUCCCCUGAUUUCAGGAGACUAAUCUUGGCUGUAGUCCAGUUCAUCACUGAACUGAGGAAGCUGAAUAAAGCGGAAGAGAUAUGCGAAGAAAAAGCAGACAAGCAAUCAGCGUGAGUGCAGCGUCUGUUUGCACCUGCCACUGAAAAGACAGCUCUGCCAGCACGGCUUUUGUCGUCCGCCUGCCUUCCUGGCGAAUGAGAGACGGAGGCCUCUCGGCCGAGGGGAAUGGAAUCCAGCCAUGCCGCUCUGACUGGAGUUGUUGUUUGCCUUGUGCUGUCAGUGGGCAGCCAGUGCCUGCAUUCUCCUGCUGCUGCUACUGACUGUUUCCAGAUUAUCUCAAGAGUGUAGGCUGAAAAUAUUCUCUGCUUGCUUCCGCCCUUCCACUUUUAGCCGCUCUCAAGCUGAAGCAAGUGAUAAACUUACUUACUUACUUGAUUACUAGGUAAAUGGAUGCACUGGAGGGUUAAACUUUCCUUGCAGUCCAUUGCAUCUAAGACUGAUUCUGCAUCUCUGGAGGACUGCGCUGGCCUGAAUAUUUUUCUAUUUUCAUCCCCCGAGGUGCCAUUUUUAUCAUUAACUGUCCACCGGUAAUGCAGAGGCUGUAGUUUCCAUAGAAAUGAAGAUAUCUGGGAAUCUCUGGAGACUGAGCGUGUCGGACUGAGGAAAAGAACUCCAGAGCUUGGGGUGAAAAGAUGUUUUGAUGAUAGUACAGGUCGCCUGUGCUGAAUGGAUGAAUGAAGGAAGGGUUUCAGGGAGACGUAUAUUUUCCAGCCAUUCCUCAUUCUGAGGAAGCAAAGAUACCGAGAGGCACUGUUCUGAAAGCUCUCCUUUCUCUGAACCGCCUGAAGCAAACAGCGAACGGGGAACAAGAAUGUUAGCCAUGUGCUGAAAUGCUCUCCUGCUGUCAGUUGACUUACUCAGCGUCCUCAUGUUGAGCUGUAUUCUUUAAAUUUUUAACUUUUUGGAAUACCUGUUGAAAAUCUACCUUGUUAAACAGAGGACAUUGAUGUUUUCAUGAGUGCCUGUCACUUUUAGGUGAGAAAAGUUAGAAACGGACUGCUCUAGCAUGUGGGGGAAAAUUGUUCGGUAGUCAUUUGCUAAUCUUAUAGGAUGAUCGCAUCUGUUUUUUGCUGUGGAUGAGCAUGACAUCAGCAAAGAGCGAAUUCCCAGCACUGAAACCCAAAACCGGGUCUCUGACAGAUCAUUUGUGCCUCAUGGAAUUCUGAUAAAUCUUGUGUAGUGGACUGUAUCCUUGAUUAGGAAAGUGGGACAACUUCACUAAAGUCGGAAUUCAGAUACAAGACAAGUAAAAUGGAUGACUCCAGUAUAUUAAGGAGGAGAGGCCUUCAGAAGGAGCUGAGUCUUCCCAGAAGAGGCAGUUUCUGUCGGACCAGCAACAGAAAGAGUUUGAUAGUGACAUCCAGCACCUCUCCCACUCUUCCUCGCCCCCAUUCACCACUGCACGGACACCCAGGAAGCAGCCCAUUGGACAGCCCACGUAAUUUCUCUCCAAACACUGCGGCCCACUUCUCCUUUGUUCCAGCUCGCAGCCAUGGACACAGGGCUGACAGGACGGAUGGUCGACGCUGGUCUCUCGCCUCUCUGCCAUCCUCUGGCUAUGGAACCAACACCCCUAGUUCAACAGUCUCGUCAUCAUGUUCAUCUCAGGAGAAGCUGCACCAGUUGCCCUUCCAGCCCACCGCAGAUGAGCUGCAUUUCCUCACCAAACACUUCAGCUCGGAGAGCAUCACGGAUGAGGACGGGAGAAGGUCUCCAGCCAUGCGGCCACGCUCCCGCAGUCUCAGCCCUGGACGUUCACCCAUAUCAUUUGACCAUGAGAUCGUCAUGAUGAACCAUGUCUACAAGGAGCGUUUCCCUAAGGCUACUGCUCAGAUGGAGGUUCGGCUGGCUGAUUUCAUAUCCUCCUCAGCUCCUGAAAAAGUCAUGCCUUUAGCUGACGGCGUUCUGAGCUUCAUCCACCACCAGGUCAUAGAACUGUCUCGGGACUGCCUGGACAAAUCCCGUGAGGGUCUCAUCACCUCCCGGUAUUUCUACGAACUACAGGAGAACCUUGAGAAGCUACACCAAGAUGCUCAUGAGCGCUCAGAAAGUGGGGAGGUGACAUUUGUCACCCAGCUGGUUAAAAAGCUGAUGAUAAUCAUUGCCCGACCCGCCCGUCUGCUGGAGUGUUUGGAGUUUGAUCCAGAGGAGUUCUACCACCUGUUAGAGGCUGCUGAAGGUCAUGCUAAAGAAGGGCAGGGCAUCAAGUCGGACAUCCCUCGAUAUAUCAUCAGCCAGCUGGGCCUCACCAGGGAUCCACUUGAGGAAAUGGCCCAGUUGAGCAGCUAUGACAGUGGUAACCCUGAAACACCAGAGACAGAGACAGAUUCCGCAGACAGUCGAGGAGCCACCGUACAACCACUCCAGCCUCAACCUCAACCCAAAACUAAAACUCCACGUGAGGAAGACUUCGAGACCAUCAAACUCAUCAGUAAUGGAGCCUAUGGGGCUGUGUUUCUGGUGAGGCAUAAGGAGACCCGUCAGCGAUUUGCCAUGAAGAAAAUCAACAAGCAGAACCUCAUCCUGCGAAACCAGAUCCAGCAGGCCUUUGUGGAAAGAGACAUCCUGACAUUUGCGGAGAACCCUUUUGUUGUCAGCAUGUUCUGCUCUUUUGAGACAAGGAGACAUCUUUGCAUGGUUAUGGAGUAUGUGGAGGGUGGGGACUGUGCCACUUUGCUGAAGCACAUUGGGGCUCUGCCUGUGGACAUGGCACGCAUGUACUUUGCUGAGACUGUUCUAGCACUGGAAUACCUUCACAAUUACGGCAUUGUGCACAGAGACCUCAAACCUGACAAUCUCCUGAUUACGUCAAUGGGACACAUCAAACUGACAGACUUUGGCCUGUCCAAGAUUGGUUUAAUGAGCUUAACAACCAAUCUAUAUGAAGGCCACAUUGAAAAAGACACCCGUGAAUUUCUGGACAAACAGGUGUGUGGUACUCCUGAAUACAUAGCUCCUGAAGUCAUCCUGAGGCAGGGCUAUGGAAAGCCAGUGGACUGGUGGGCCAUGGGAGUCAUCUUGUAUGAGUUUCUCGUGGGAUGUGCUCCGUUCUUUGGGGAUACGCCUGAGGAACUGUUUGGACAAGUCAUCAGUGAUGAGAUAAUCUGGCCAGAAGGUGAUGACGCUUUGCCUCCAGAUGCUGAAGAUCUCAUCUCCAAACUACUGCGGCAAAACCCUUUGGAGCGUCUGGGAACAGGGAGUGCGUUUGAGGUGAAACAGCAUCGUUUCUUCACUGAUCUGGACUGGAACAGUCUCCUGAGGCAGAAGGCAGAGUUCAUUCCUCAGCUGGAGUCGGAGGAUGACACUAGCUACUUUGACACACGCUCAGAGCGGUAUCAUCAUGUGGACUCGGAGGAAGAGGAUGACACAAAUGAUGAUGACCAUCUGGAAAUUCGUCAGUUCUCCUCCUGUUCACCACGAUUCAGCAAGGUAUAUAGUAGUAUGGAGCGUCUUUCCUUGCAUGAGGAGAAACGCACCCCUCCCCCCACUAAGCGCAGUCUGAGUGAAGAGGGAGGAGAGCGUAUCGACAGUCUCAGUGGCUUAAAGUCUCGAGACCGGAGCUGGCUGGUGGGCUCACCUGAGAUCCUAAGGAAGCGACUCUCUGUUUCUGAGUCAUCUCACACCGAGAGCGACUCCAGCCCGCCUCUGACCGUACGUCGGCGCUGCUGCUCAGCCAUUAUCGAAAUGCCUCGAUUUGCCAUUUCCAGCGAAGAGGAUGGUGGUGUAGGGGGCAGGAAGACCCCUGUGAGGGGCCCUCGUGGGGAAGAUCUGCCUCAGGCCAUACCAGAGCUCCCUGUGGAGAGAGAGCUCAGGCUGGAUGAAUCGCCAACCACACCAGGCUCCACUUCCAGCCAGAUCAGCCAGUCCACAAUCACACCUGGUAGUUCUGGUGAUGUGUUGGAACGAGCUUCUCGCUUCAGUGCUGAAGGAUCUGAAAGCUCCACUCCUAAAGCCAUCAGUGAUUUGGCAGCUCGUAGAGCUCGCCACAGACUGCUGUCAGGAGAUACAGAGAAACACACUUCACGCCCACUUAACAAAGUUAUCAAGUCAGCUUCAGCGACUACCCUCUCACUCAUGAUCCCUGCUGAUCACCACGGUGCCUCUCCUCUGGCAAGUCCCAUGUCCCCUCACUCUCUCUCGUCCAACCCCUCGUCACGUGACUCCUCACCCAGCCGAGACCUGUCCCCAGCCGUCUGCAGUGUCAAACCCGCCAUAGUCAUCCACCGAGCCGGCAAGAAAUAUGGUUUCACCCUGCGUGCCAUCAGGGUUUACAUGGGAGACACAGACAUUUAUACUGUGCACCACAUGGUCUGGCAUGUGGAGGAUGGGGGACCUGCUCAUGAGGCUGGACUGAGAGAGGGAGAUCUCAUAACACAUGUUAAUGGAGAGCCUGUCCAUGGACUUGUGCACACAGAAGUUGUAGAGCUCAUUCUCAAGAGUGGCGGUAAGGUAUCCAUUUCUGCUACGCCCUUUGAGAAUACAUCUAUUAAAGUUGGCCCUGCGCGCAAAACCACCCACAAGUCCAAAAUGGCCCGGCGCAACAAAAGAACCAAAACCAGAGAAGGACAAGACAGUAAGAAGAGGAACUCCCUGUUUCGUAAGAUCACCAAGCAGGCGACCCUUCUCCACACCAGUCGUAGCCUGUCCUCUCUGAACCGCUCAGUGUCAUCAGGUGAAAGUGUCCCAGGAUCUCCGACGCACAUGUCCCCUCGUUCACCCACACAGGGCUGUCGUUCCACACCAGACUCUGCCCACUCAGUUGGUGGGAACUCAUCCCAAAGUAGCUCACCUAGCUCCAGUGUGCCAAACUCUCCUGCCAGUUCUGGUCAGAUCCGACCCAGCUCCUUACAUGGUCUGGCUCCCAAACUACAGCGCCAAUACCGCUCUCCUCGCCGGAAGUCUGCAGGCAAUAUCCCUUUAUCUCCUCUGGCUCGUACACCAUCGCCCACCCCUCAGAGCACCUCUCCACAGCGCUCUCCUUCACCCCUGCCAAGCCAUGCACUCAUCACUUCUUCAAUAGGCCAGUCUUUCCCUGUUAAACUUCACUCUUCACCUCCAUUAGUAAGACAGAUAUCCCGCCCGAAGAGUGCAGACCCUCCUCGCUCUCCUCUGCUCAAACGUGUCCAAUCAGCUGAGAAGCUCGCAGCCUCUCUUUCUUCUUCAUCCUCCUCUCCUUCCCCAUCCUCUGCUGCUGAUAAAAAGCUACCAGUUGGCGCCAGCCGCAAACACAGUCUUGAUACCUCACAUUCAGAUUUUAAAAAAGAGAUGCUGCAGCGAGACCCCAGUCUACAGAGCCUGCAGGAGUCAGCCAGUGAGACUCUAAUGGGAGGAAGAGUGUCUCCUGCAGAAAAGGGCAGCUUGCAGAAAAGUUCAGUUCGUAAACUCGGCAGGCAAGAAGGUCCUGAAGCUGGAACUGGAACUCUGGGGCUUGUUCCUGGGAAGAGUAAACUGAAAGACAAGCUGUCCGCCAUACGCCAGGAUCGCGCUGAGCGCCGCGAGUCUCUUCAAAAGCAGGAUGCCAUCCACGAGGUGGACUCUUCAGAGGAUGAGACAGACGAAGGGUCGGAAGAUAGCCAAGAUGGACGCAGGACAAGCUAUGCUCCUCCUAGCCAUGUCUUCAGGCCUACAACUGUAAUGGCUUCUCCUCAUACCGUUAGAAUGGGACCAGCAGCUCCACCAACACUGGGACUGUUGCCCUCAACGGUUGCACCCCCAGGCCGAGGACUGCAGAUACAAAGCCAAAGUACCACUCAAUCUCAGACACAAACUUCAACCUCACCCUCAACGCAAGCAACAGCCAAGCCCCCAGAACAGACUCCCGCAACGGCCCAAGACUCCAGUUUAUCACUAGCUGAAGAGUUGAAAAAGAAAGAGUCAAAGGCACAGGACUCUCAAUCCAGUGUGAGGCCUUCUCCACCUCAACCUAGUCCUCUAUCUAGCACCUUUUCCACCCAUGGUAGCGCCUUUACCUCGGUCAGCAAAGACCCAUUCGUCAAACCCACCACACCUCCAUUGGAUUCCCGGAGGACCUCCAAAACUUCUGAGCCCAGGUCCAAAUCCAGUGGUAAAAUGGAUCCUAGCACAGCUUCUGGAGUGACCAGGGAUUCCCCUGUUGCCACCACACCAACCGGAGGCAUCACCAAGGAGAUGAAGGAGGCUGACAAUCGUAGACAGGCUGCAGCUGCAGCUGCCGCUGCUGCAGCCUCUCCAUCCACUCCCUCUGAAAGCGGAAUGGACAAAGUCGUUUCUCAACUGGCCACCGUGGCCAAAAGCGUGCUAGGACCUGUCAAACUCAACAUCCCAGGUACUAAAGAGGCCUCAGAGCGGACAAAGGACCAGCGUCCCCAGACAGAUCCCACCCACCCAAAGAUAAAAGAAUGUCGUCUGGAGCAUCCUGAUUCUCCUGACCGCUCGAGUCCAUCUGCUGCUUCUGGCUCCCAGUCUCCACGGUUGACUGAAUCUCCCUCUAAACAAACAUCCUCUAAAUCUGAGCCAGCCUCAACUUCUCAGAGACCUUCAGAGGUCCCAGGGACUUCCAAAAGGCCAACUCCUUCAAACUCCCAAGUUGGGGACGAACGUCAGGAUAGACCGGGGACUCCGCGAAGCGGCACCACACCAAGGCCUAGGUCUGAUGCACAAUCACAGACCCAGGCAAAGCCUAGUUCCACUACUUCACGAGACAAAUCCAACAAGACGACGUAGCAGCCUUGCAGAAAAACCCAUUUUCUCCAGCUUUAAUUAAACUUGCCUAUGACAGACGAAUACACAUUGUAACACAAGCCAACUGUCAAUGUCAGUAUCCCUGUGAAAAGAUUGAGGAAAAAUCAGACAGACGAAGAGAUGGAGGUGUUUACAGAUGAACUCAGAAUGUUUUAUGCUCUGCAUUCACUAAAUAUUUGAGGCCGCAUAAUUGUUUAGCUUUUCUUGCUCCUAAGUCUUUUUCUCAUCAGCUAGAAAACCUGGAAAAAUGCUUGGGUCUGCGAUCUGAGACAGAAACAGUGUCCACUUACAGUAUAUUACCUCUUCACCUUAUCUUUAUAUUACUUUAAGAAUCUUCUCUUGUAGUAGGUAUAGUUGUGCCUUAAAGCAACACCUCAGCAUUUCACUGGUAUUUCUUUCUGUUCAUCUUUGGAGGAAGACAUAUUGCAGCAAUAAGAGUAGCGUAUCCCGAGCAAUUUUCACAAACACACAGAAAGUUGAUUUCAUCACACCUGUAGUAUAUUAAGAAAAACCAAACUGCGUUUUCCAUCUUUCUCACUUGCACUUCAAUUGUGUCGAACAGCUGUGACGUGUAUGUCUAUGAAUAUGAACAUUCAACCUGAGAUUUUCCCAAUGGCGCAGCCAUCACUAAUGUCAUAUAUGUUAACUGAAUAUGGAUGUAUACUGGGAGAAUGAUGGCUAUUAAUUGCAUAUAAUUAGAGGUUAUUUGGGAUUUCAGUGAUCUUCGGCCAUCAUUCACACCCCACUAAAGUUAUGUCAAGCUACAUCUUAGCUAAAGACAUUACUUGUAACUUGCACAUCAUUACGUCUAGAUCUUGGUUUCGUCUUUGUUUAGAAUUUCAAGCGGACCAUUUUAGUUCUUCAUCUUGCUUGUUUUAUUUUCUCUCAUUUUAAUACCUGGACCAAUUCGCUGUUGUUUCUGUAUAUUUGUUUGAUAUUUUUUUCUUAUUUCGGCAGACUUGUAUCUGGAGUGUGUGUGUGUGUGUGUGUGUGUGUGUGUGUGUGUAUGAGUGUGCCUGUGUACAGAAGCAUGUUUGAGUGCGUUUGUGAGUUCUUAUAUAAUGUAUAUUUAAAAAAGUCUGUUAUUUGUUCGUUUUAUGCCCUAAAUAGUGGGAGCGUGUUUUUGAUUGGUAUCCUAUCUUUGCCAUAUCAGCUCUGUCUGAUUCAGCCCUUUGUCAUUUAGCAGGCAAAGAUGUAUUUGCACAAACCCUUUUUAUUUUGUGUGUCAAUAAUAUGAAAACCAAUAAAUACAGUUUCCAAUUAGAUCCCAGACUGAGUUGGGGUCUUGUGGGGUUUGACUAGUAAGUGAGACUGUGGUACGUUGUCAUAAUGUGUUAACACCAUAAUGUAUUUAAAGGCUAACCUGUGGAUGUUUUAACUACGUUUUACAUCAUUUUUCAUUUGCAAUUGAAACCAGUUGUCUGUUUUGUGUUUCAACUCAGUUUGCCACUCAACAUUUCUUCUUAGUAUAAAAGGUCUAGUUGCUAAUAGCAAGUCAAUCCUAAUGUAAAGCCUCUUUCCAACACACUCCAGCCUUGCCUAUAUGAAAAAUUAAAGUGUUUUUAAGUUGGUCUUUAUAACUGAUUGUGAUUGGAGUCACAUGAUGAUGGUAUGUACAGUUACGCUAUAAUCUUAUUCAUGUUUUGUCCAUAUAAAAUGUGAAUGGAUGUCUUGCACAUUUACGCUUCUUUAAGGAAUGAAGCUGUUGAUCGCAUUGCAGCCUGAGGCUUAAUUCCUGAGAAACCUAAUUAACCUGGGCACCAUGAUCAGUGAAAAAUGCACUUGUGGUGAGAAUGACAUUGGAUGAAGUUGGAAAUGCAUCAGUGGGCAUUGAUCGAUCCUACACGCUAGUGGUCAAACAUAAAUACACAUUGGGUGUAUGAUGACUUGCAGCUGAAUCCCACUCCAAAGUUAUCAUUCUCAUACCCAAACUUGAAUCUCCAUUGAAACUAAAUUCGAAGGGCUUGUAGAAACUGCCCUUAAAUGUUUACAUGUGUUUUGAGAGAUCAUUUGUAAACAGCACACUUGUGCAUUAUGUCUAAAUAACGUGUCUCAUGUGUAGUUGCGAGUGCUCAGGCACAUUUUGUAGCUUAGAUGAUGGCAGACCACUAGUGAUUUCCUUUCUGGCUGCAUUGCUUUUGAGAUUUUACAGGGUGUAAAGACAGAAUCUGUUGCGUUCACUCGAUAAGCCUAGUAUUUAGUUUUUCACUAAUUUUUUACAUGUAGAAUGCUUCGAAUUCGACCCAUUGUGCUCUUAAGAAAAAAAGAAAACAGUUUUCUGUGUGUUAAAUUCAUCUCUGCUCCCUUUUCUAAAGUCGUGAGCUGCCGUGGGCUGUGAAAGUGAGUGCUAACUGCCUUCUCAUAUACGUGAUGGGGAUGAUGAUGAUGGUUGGGCUAUUUGUUGAGGUGAAGCCAGGUGUCAGAAUGCCUGCGGUGGUCAUCCAUCAAUGUCCCACAGCCACAUGCCACCCUGCACGCACUAGUGAAAUGUAAUCUCACACACCGUCUAGAGCAAAUUUACCAGCCACCUCUCACCUGUGGUAUAGCUUGGCUCUUUAUGAACGAAAAACCUUUUGGAGCACACAUAACACGCACUACUUACCAUAAACACACAUGUAGACUCUAUGUCCAGCCACUGCCCUCUCCUAAUGUCUGUAUGUGUUUGUGUUUGACCCAAGUGGCAGCACAGAUGAGAUGGUUUACUUUUAUGUAAAUAUUUUUAAGUCUGGUGUUCUGGGUGUCUUUACUAUGAAAAGAAUUGAAGUUAAUUGGUGUGCAAUGGCCACUGCCUUAGACAUGGGACAAUGACUAGAUAUCGUGUGUAUUUUAAGACCGGACACUCAAGGGAGUCAGUGGUGAUACAGUGGUGUUUUGGAUUUAGGGAGCUGUCCAUGUGUCCGUCAUGCUUUGUCCGAGACUAAAGGAGACAAUGUGGUUGUAGAGACACAUGUGAAAAGAAAUGGGCAAGGAAAAAAAACUGCUAGAAUUAAAUCAGUGCAAUAUCUUACAAUUUUCUAUUGUGGUAAGACGCAUGUUUGUUGUUAAUCCUACCUUAUGAAUAAUAAAGAUUUUUUUAAUUAACUCA